CUUCGAACUUUUCCGAUCCAUUGUCUUAAUUGCCACCACCGUGUGUUAUAACUGCUAGACAGACAUUCAAGAUGGCCCAAUCUGGUGUUUCCGUUUCGCCCGAGUGCAUCACUGCAUUCAACGACCUCAAGCUCGGCAAGUCGACCAAGUGGAUCAUCUACAAGAUCUCGGACGACUGGAAGGAGAUUGUCGUUGAGGACUCGUCGACCGAGGCCAACUACUCCGUCUUCCGCGAGAAGCUUCUCAACGCAAAGAGCAAGGACCGAAGAGGAAACGAGGGCAUUGGUGGCAGAUACGCCGUCUACGAUGUCGAGUACGACACCGCCGGCGAGGGCAAGAGAAGCAAGAUUACCUUCAUCGCCUGGGUCCCCGAUGAUGCAUCGCAAUACCCCCGCAUGAUGUACUCAUCGUCCAAGGAAGCCAUCAAGCGCGCCCUCAACGGCCUUGCCGCCGAUAUCCAGGCCAACGACCCCGAUGACAUCGAGUACGAGAGCAUCGUCUCCAGAGUCGCCAAGGGUCGCUAAACAUCUCGCCCUCACGAACCCCCUAAUCUCUGCUUGAUCCGAUCGACGAGUAGCCGUGGUUCCUUGCCACAUGAAGCAGUUUCCUUUUACAAAGCAAGAAGCGCAGACAGAAGACGUUGGAGAAUGAUGAGAGGUGCUGCCCACAGAACGAGCC